UCUACUUACAGCAUCUGUCGGUGCAGGGCGAUGCCUCACACAUUGAGAGCGCCGCGCUGCCGCUGGAACACAGAGCUGGCUAUGGACCACCAGCUGCCUCGCCCAUUUAUGGAGCACCGCAGACAGCGCUCAGCACUAGCGCCACCAACGAGCUCUCGGAAGAAGCCUGGCCACUGGCCACCACCAAUGACAGUCCACAGAUCAAGCAUCUGCAGGUGCAGUGCGAGAAGACGCACAUGCGCGUCAACAUUGAGUUCGAUCGCCCCUUCUAUGGCAUGAUCUUCUCGAAGGGCUUCUACAGCGAAUCGCACUGUGUGCAUAUGCAGCCGGGCACGGGUCACUUGAGCGCCACCUUUGAGAUCUUCCUCAACAGCUGCGGCAUGAGCAGCUCGGCCAAUCACAAUGCUGCUGGCUAUGGCGCACCCACGCCCUCGGGCAGCUAUGUGGAGAACACCAUCAUCAUUCAGUACGAUCCCUACGUGCAGGAGGUGUGGGAUCAGGCGCGCAAGCUGCGCUGCACCUGGUAUGACUUCUACGAGAAGGCGGUGACCUUCAGACCCUUCCAGGUGGACAUGCUGCAUGCGGUGACUGCCAACUUCUUGGGCGACAAUCUGCAGUGCUGGAUGCAAAUCCAAGUGGGCAAGGGCCCAUGGGCUUCCGAAGUUUCGGGCAUUGUCAAGAUCGGACAGACCAUGACCAUGGUGUUGGCCAUUAAGGAUGAUGAGAACAAGUUCGAUAUGCUGGUGCGCAACUGCGUUGCCCAUGACGGCAAGCGUGCUCCCAUACAGCUGGUGGAUCAGAAUGGCUGCGUUGUGCGUCCCAAGAUUAUGAGCAAAUUCCAGAAGAUCAAGAACUUUGGACCAUCCGCCUCUGUCGUCAGCUUUGCCUACUUCCAAGCCUUCAAGUUCCCCGACUCCAUGAACGUGCACUUCCAAUGUGUCAUCCAGGUCUGCCGCUAUAACUGCCCCGAGCCCAAGUGCGGUCCCGGCCUGCCCGGCGGUGAGUACGGCGUGCCACAGAUCGGCGGCAAUGCCCUGUCCGAGGAGUACGGCCCACCAGAGGCCUAUGAGCGCAACGACUUUGCCUUGGGUGGUCUGCCACCAGCAGCUUAUCCCGAUCCUCGCCAUCCCGCCGAUGCCAGCGGCGCCUACUCCGAGAACCAGCCCGAUGUGGUGCCUUCGCCACAAGCACAGACCAGCGCACAGCCCACAGCCGACGCUGCAGCCAACGCCGGCAGCGGUCCAGCCAGCUCACAGGCGCCACAAACACAGCAGGGCAACAGCAAUGAGCUGGGUCUGCCACCACCACCACUGCCCGGCCAGCCUGGUCUCUACAGCACAGUGAAGCGCAAGGAUGACUUGAGCGCUGGUGGCAAUCUGGUCUCGCUGGGCGGCCGUCCACGCUCCGUCGAGGGCUUGGAUGAUCUGCGCGGUGUGCGCAGGCGUCGCGACACCAUGGACACAAUGGAGAUUGUGGUCAAGCCACGCAUCUACAAGCGCAACGCACAGGAGAUGACGGACGUUAACACGAGCCGCAUUAUCCAGGUGGUCGCUCCAGGCGAUGUCAACUUUGCGCUGAACAGCAAUGCCAGCAAUGAGACCGUUGUCAUACAGUCGGCGCGCUCCGCCGAUGCCGAGACCAUUUGCAUGUCUGUGCCCAGUUUUGUUGGCGGUCUGGUGAUGCUGCUGCUGGUGCUGGCCGUCGCCUCUCUAGUCGCUGCUUUCCUCUUUGUGCGCGUGCGUCACUUCGAUCGCAAGGGAGCGGGCAUGGCCUAUGUGAACUAAGCUCAAGCAUGAGCCGCAGGAGGAGCACAGCAACCAUCAUCAGCACGUCGUGAACACAAAAACCAAAUCAGUUUUAUG